AUGAGCGGACUUAUGGACAAGGUCAAGGACAAGGUCAAGGGCGCUGGUGGCUCUGGCGACAAGCCAUCUGGCAUUGAGAACACCGCCGACAAGCAAGUCAACACUCAAAUUGACAACGCCACUGACCGAGCUGGUCUUGGUGACAAGUACGACGACAAGAUUGACAAGUUCGCCGACAAGGAGGUCAACAAGCAGAUUCCUGGUGGUCAACAGUAA